AGAUGCUGGUUGCCGCUGUCAGGCUUCUAAUUCUGUCUCUGCCGUGGGGGAGCGGUGUGGACAUUGUCAGAGAACAACCAGAACAGGUCCAUCUGUCCCUCACCGGUGACCCCAAUUCCAUGACUGUGACCUGGACGACAUACAGCUGGACCCCCUCUAUAGUGGAGUACAGCGCCCUGCCAGGGCCACCCUCCUUCAACACGACAGCGCAUGGCAAUGCCAGCCAGUUUGUGGAUGGAGGCUGGAUGCGCCGGUCCAUGUACAUCCACAGAGUCACCCUGCGUGACCUCCGAGCCGGCGGGAGAUACGUUUAUCAUUGUGGCAGCGAGCGUGGUUGGAGCCCCACGUUUUACUUCCGGGCUACUCUAGGCGGUUCGUCGUGGGGUCCACGCCUGGCUGUGUUUGGGGAUAUGGGAAACGAGAACGCCCAGUCCUUGUCUCGUCUCCAGAAAGACACGCAGAUGGACAUGUAUGACGCCAUACUUCACGUUGGAGACUUUGCAUACGACAUGGACAAGGAUAACGCUCGAGUGGGCGAUGAGUUUAUGCGGCAGAUUGAGUCAGUGGCAGCGUACGUUCCCUACAUGACUUGCCCAGGAAACCACGAAGAGGCCUAUAACUUCUCCAAUUACCGUAACCGUUUCACGAUGCCGGGCGACACCGAGGGUCUGUGGUACAGCUGGGACCUGGGCCCUGCACACAUCAUCUCGCUCUCCACGGAGGUUUAUUUCUACCCAAAGUACGGGAAGGAGCUGGUCGGGGAGCAGUUUGAAUGGCUGCAGAGAGAUCUUCAGGAGGCCACCAGGCCGUCUCGGCGAUUGGAGCGGCCCUGGAUUAUCACGAUGGGUCACCGUCCCAUGUACUGCUCCAACAAUGACCAGGACGACUGCGUGCAGCACGAGAGCGUGGUUCGCACCGGCCUUCCUGGUGGGCAGUACGGUUUGGAGGACCUGUUCUUUAAAUUCGGGGUAGAUUUAGAGAUCUGGGCACAUGAGCACUCCUACGAGCGGCUGUGGCCAGUGUACAACCACACGGUUUAUAAAGGAUCCCCAGAAGCUCCAUAUACAAACCCUGGAGCUCCGGUGCACAUCAUAACGGGGUCUGCGGGCUGUAAAGAGAGGCUGGAUCCUUUCAUCCCUUCGGAGCGGCCGUGGAGCGCACUCAGGGUUGAAGAUUACGGAUACACUCGGAUCUCCAUCACUAACAAGACCCACAUUCACAUCCAGCAGCUCUCCGACGAUCAGGACGGGCAAAUAGUUGAUGACUUUUGGCUGGUUAAGGACAAGCGGUGAGGACGGUCGGGUGCUCUUUUCCCUCGUCUGGAAAUCUUCUGUGGUAGCAUGCCUGUGAUCGCCAUGGGACACUCACUGGAUGUCUUCCUCUGUGGUAACCUGUCUAUGGUCACCACAGGACUCUCACUGGAUCUCUUUCUCUGUGGUAGUCUGUCUGUGAUCACCAAGGGGCACUCGCUGGAUCUCUUCCUCCCUGGUAGCCUGUCUAUGGAUCUGUUUCCACGGUAGCCCGUCUGGUUAUGGGACACUCGCUGGAUCUCCUUCUCUUUCCAAUUUUGCAAUAAACUAGGGGAAAAAAAUACUUCAUGACCCCAGAACGGCAGUCAGAUCUCUCCUCGGAUCAAGAAGCUGUUUCCCCAUAAUUUAAAAAUUAUAUGCCUGAAUGUUAUGUUUUUGCCGGGAAUUCAUCCAGCUGCUGUUUAAAUGUCUGUAUGGAGUUUGAUAAAAUUACCUCUGCAGGCAGAGAA